GAGAGGGGUGGGAGAAUGCAGCCUCUGUCUCUGCUCCCCUUCCGUGUGUAGGAUCAUCAGGCAGCCUCUGUCUCCGCUCUAAAAUGAUGGCCACUAACGCGUUACUCCCUCCAUCCAUGUCUCCGACCCAUCGCGGAUGUUAGGACGGCUGUUGCAGGGGAGGCUAUUGUGCUCCUAGGGUCGGCGGGGAGAGAGAGAGGAUAGCUCGAUGGUCUGAUGGUGCAGAAAAUCGCCAUUGUCUGGAUGUGCAAAUCGCCGGCGAGCCCUGAGAACAGAAGCCCGAUCGACUCCUUCAAUGAACAAUAGUAGAGAUACCAUGAUCUCAUCGGUGCCUUGCGUUUUAUAUCUGCUGUGCUGUAUCCAGACCAUCGUGUCCUUCCAGGUGUCAGUUAAAGAGGAGGACUGGAUCGUAGCGACCCUGGAGCAGUCUGACCUGCGGGAGAACGUGACGGGGUACGCUGCCCGGGUGAUGGGCGAGCCCCGAACGCACCUGCUGCCGUUCCUGAACCUGACCGACCCCACCGCGACCCCGCUGGUCUUUAACUCCUCCUACCACGGACUCUGCUACACCGUUAGCCUGCUGCUCAGACAGGGAAAGACCUGGUCCAAGUCCGUCCAGACUGUAGCUGUUCUCACCAAGCCACGUCCGGUGGACAGUGUGGUGAUCUCAGACUACGGAGAGGCUCCAGAGACAGGGGUGGUGUUUGAGAUCAGCUCCCCAGAGAACAACGUCUUCAGUCGGGUCAACAUCAGCUACGCAGAGGGCCGGGAGCAGAGAUCCAUGCUCUAUAAAGACUUCUAUAAAGGAAAGACUGUGUUUAAACACUGGCCCGGGACGUGUUACAGCAACAUCUCCUUCCAGCUGAUCUCUGAAGCUACAGUCAACAGAACCACACUGGUCCGACGCAGCGACCUGACCCAUGUACCCCAGCAACACAGGACAGUUCCCAACCCUCCCCUCAACAUCUCCCAUAAGAUCGUCCCACUCAGCCAGAGGGUGCUACCAGGGGGGGUCCCUAGCUCCGAGGAGACCCAGGACACCCCCCAGCCCCGGCGGGCGCGGGAUGUCCCCCUCAUAGAGGAACAGGAACUACAGGAGAACCAGGAGAUACAGGAAGUGAUCUCAGAGGAGGUGGUGGGCGGAACCACCCAGGUCCCCUACAGCUCCGCCCCUCAGGGCUCCAACGGCUCCACGGGCUACGCCGCCGCCGCUAUCUCUAACACCACCGAAGAAGAGACCGCCACGCAGCCCUAUUGGCCGGAGCCCACCGGUAGCCCCUCCCCUACGGACGGGGAUGAGGGAUUUGUGAACGCGGUGGUUCCAGAGUAUGAGGACUCCAAUGAGCCGGGCUCUGCCAUGGGCCUGUCCCCAGAGACCUCCGUCACCCCGACCCGCCUUCCUCCCAUACUGCUGGAGCUGCGCUGGCUCCCCCCCCGACCCCCGGCCACCUACGACGGAUUCAACGUCUACGUCUACAGAGACGGUAACUCCACAGAGACGGCCACGGUGGAUGAGAACACUCAUGAGUUCUUCACGGAGCUGACCGAGCCUGGGACCUACAGAGUCCAGGUCACCACACUGAGCUCUGCAGGAGACUGUGAGGCCAGAGAGAGCACCGCCUAUACAGGGUUGACCUUCUAUCUCAGCCCCAGUGGAGAGGUGCUGGAGCAGCCCCGGGAGCGGCCCCAGGGGGUCAGUGUCAGGUUGCUAGGCUCCAGUACUGCAGUGGUGUCCUGGGCCCUGACCUCCGAGAGCCACAAUGGCAGCCUGGUGUCAGUCCUGUCCCUGACCUGCCUCCGACCCAGCCUCAGCCAGCGCAUGGAGAACUCAUACUGCAGUGAGGAGAACACGACCAGUGACAUCCUGUCCAGCCUGACUCCAGGGGCCCAGUACAGAGUGGUGGUGUACCGUACUAACGGACCUCUCAUCAGCCCUCCUUCAGAACCUGUUAUAAUAGACAUCGAGCCAACGGGAGUGCGGGAGCUGGUGGUGUAUUCUCUGAGCCCGACGGCAGUCAUCCUGUCGUGGCAGAGACCGUACCACGUGGCGUUCAGGAAGUACGUCCUGCAGACAUUCUUCUUCAACCCUGUCACGCUGGCCUCUGAGUGGACCACGUACUACGAGAUCGCUGCUACUGCCUCAGUCAUCGCAUCCGUGAGAGUCACAGAUCUGUUGCCGGCCUGGUACUACAACUUCCGUGUUACCAUGGUGACGUGGGGUGCCCCACUCAGCUGCUGUGACAGCUCUACCGUUAGCUUUGUUACAGGCCCCCACAUCUCGUCAGUAGACUACAGCCAUGGGACUCUGUACGUGCGCUGGACCUACGAGCUCUUCAUAGACAUGUCCCACAGCAGGAUGCUCCACUGGCAGGUCACAGCUCAGGGCAAGAAGGGAUCCAAGAGGACUUACUCCACUGAUGUCCCCCGUAAUGGGAUGGGCGCCAGUCUGACCCUGCCUCCAGGAGACAUUUAUAACCUGACUGUAUCAGCCUGUACUGAAGGCCAACGCAACUCCUCUGUCCCCAACAUCAUUAAACUGGAGCCAGCCCCUCCUCGGUCCCUGUACGCCGUGAACGCCACCCACUCCUCUGUGACUCUGCUCUGGAGCGAGGAGGGAGUGGUUGACUUCUACCAGGUGCUCUGUAAACCCACCAAGACCAGCAACAAAGAAGUCAAGGCUCGGGAGCCUCUAACAGCCCAGUCCCAUGUGGUGACAGUGUCCAGCCUGCUGCCCUCCUCCUCCUAUAACUGCAGUGUGAUCAGUUAUAGCUACAGUACGCCCAGCGAGCCAGCCUACAUACACAUCUCUACGACAGCCAGAGAGAUGAACCCCAGCGUAGCGGUCAUCUCUGCUCUAGCGGUCCUCAGUGUCCUCCUCCUCAGCCUGCUGGUCCUCUUCCUACUGUUGCUACGUAAGAAACACCUGCAGAUGGCCAGGGAAUGCGGAGCAGAAACCUUUGUCAACUUUGCUUCGUUUGAGAGAGACGGCAAACUGCCCUACAACUGGCGAAGGAGCCUCUUUGCCUUCCUCACCCUGCUACCAUCCUGCCUUUGGACUGACUAUCUUUUGGCUUUUUAUAUUAAUCCUUGGAGCAAGACUGCUUUAAAGAAACGGAAGCUAACAAGCCCUGUCCAGCUGGAUGACUUUGAUGCGUACCUCAAAGACAUGAGCAAAGACUCUGCCUACAAGUUCUCUCUGCAGUUUGAGGAGCUGAAGAGCGUAGGUCUGGAUCUUUCCCAUGAUGCAGCAGACCUGCCUAUCAACAGACCCAAGAACCGCUACACCAACAUCCUGCCAUAUGACUUCAGCAGAGUGAAACUGAUCUAUUUACAUAACGACGAGGGCUCUGACUACAUCAACGCCAACUACAUACCAGGUUAUAAAUCCCCCAGAGAGUACAUCGCCACCCAGGGCCCUCUGCCUGAGACGAGGAACGACUUCUGGAACAUGGUCCUGCAGCAGAAGAGCCACAUCAUUGUGAUGCUGACGCAGUGUAACGAGAGACGCAGGGUGAAGUGUGACCACUACUGGCCGUUCACAGACGAGCCGGUGGCCUACGGAGAGAUCAGUGUUGAGAUGCUGUCAGAGUCCGAAUCACCAGAGUGGACCGUACGGAACUUCAGACUGGGAUAU